GACGCCGGGAUGGGUGGGUGGAAGAUUAUAAAUGAGGCGAUGGUGGGGUGGAAAAAAAAAAAGGUUUGAUUCUAACGGUCUGUGUCCACGCAGUUUGACAGCUCCUCGACGUCUUGCCAAUCAUCAUGAACCGAAUUGUUCUCCUGCUUUUCGUCGUGGGAGUCUGCUUUUCACUCGGCCAGGCUCUGCAGUGCUACCAGUGUUCCCUUGGCCUGUUCAAACUGUGCAUCACCAAGAUGGUGACGUGCACCGAAGGGGAGCUUUGCUUCAGUGGCAAAGGCAAGGCAGUUGGCUUCGUGGAUGUCACAAUGAAGGGCUGCCUUGCAAAGGCAGAGUGUGACACCACCACGGAUGUGAAUUUCCCCUCCAGCGGCAACACGACCAUCUACAAGAUGACUAAGACGUGCUGCGACAGCGACUUGUGCAACGGCGCGCCCACAAUCUCAAGAGGGCCGCUGAUCUUGUCCACCAUCGCGGCUCUGCUUCUAGCCAACAUGCUGGUGUGACACUAUCACGUCAUCGUGCCGUUAAACCGAAAAGGGCUCUGUUGUUAUUCUUUUUGAACAAAAGUUUCCAAAUCAUUUCCGAGGGCUCACGCUGGCUUCAUGUCGUUGCAGAUGUCUAAAUUGCUUCGGUUCGGCCGUCUUUUGACAAAGCGUCAACAUGUGAAACGCUGAUUAGAAAUAAGAUUCAAUCAACUAAUGUAGUCAACUAAUGAAUUAGCAUUGAAAUAUUGUCAACAUUUCGGUUUCACUAUGAAAUGUACAUUUUGCUAGUAUCUGACUUUAUCUUCCAUUUUGUUUGUUUUUGUUUUUUAAAUAUUGGUAAAAUUGAGGGGGGGCGGAUUUGUGAGGGUAAGAUACGAAAGUUUGACGGUGGUCAGAAUUAACAUUUAGACAAUUUCAUACUGGACAGGAUAUGCCAGACCAGAGAUGUUGACUUCAUAAAUCGAAGCAAAUCAAACAUGGACACCCAAAUUGGGAAAAAAGCAGUUUUACGUGUGCUGCUCAGGUUACGGAUGAGAUGCAGUUUCGUUAGCCCGGUUGUCUCUAUCUGACAAGAAGAACCUGUCAUGCCUGUUGGGUGUCCCAUGGAGAACAGAGUGGACAUACUUUGUGGAUGAAAACAAAUCCCCCGAUGUUAAAUGCGUCACAUUUUGAAGAAUGAAUUCAGAGACCUUCAUUGUGCAAUUGUUUUGGUGGGCGGUUUCCCUAUGCAUUUCGUUUCCUUUUUUUAUUAAAAGAAAAUUGUCACUAAAAAUAAAUAUGUAAAAAUAUUUCAAAAAGAAAA